GGCUCGGCCUGGUCCCAGAUCCCCGCCGGCCAGGAAGGAGACGCACGUGGGAGUUUUUCCCCAGCCGAGAUCGAGCAGCAGCGUCUACCAUGCAAAGUCCCGGUUGCUCCCGCGUGUGCGUCGUGUGCGGGGAAGGCGGGCGGGGCGGCGCCAAGUACCGCUGCCCGGGCUGCCGGGAGAGAUAUUGUUCCGUGUCCUGCUGCAAGAAACAUAAAGAACAAUGUGCACCCAAAGCAGAACCGCGUCCGCAGCCUACAAGUCAAGAAACUUCCCAGAGGACGGCAUCCAUGAACGAUGAAGGACGUUCUUGGUCAGUGGAUGACAUUUUGACAGAAGAUGAUGAGGACGAUAAGGUGCCCCUGCAGAAACUUCGGCUCUUGGGGGAAUCUGAAGAACUCAAAGGCCUCCUCCUCAACCCCCACCUCGGCCAGCUGCUUCUCACUGUCGACCAGGCCAAAGACAAGAGUGCCAUCCUGAAGACAUACAUGCAGGAGCCUCUCUUUGUGGAGUUUGCAGACUGUUGCCUGAGGAUUGUGGAGCCUCCCGAGAAGGAGAACACACGCCCAGAGUGAUUUUUGUGUGUGCGGAGCAGGUCCGUUUUAUAACCCUGACAGCUUUCCGUAGCCUCUGGAAAUGUUUCCUGGCCAACCACGAGCGAACAGCUGAGAAAGAAAGACACUGCAUUAAGGGAGUAUAAGGAACAGCAGGAAAGGACCUCAUACCAAGUGUCCAUGCAGCCUAGUACUGUCUGCUCUGACUGUCCAGGGUCUCAGGCAGAGAGACUCCUGGCUCCUCCUUAAGGCUUUUUGCCUGGCUGGGAUGUGUCCUUGAAAUCUGACCACACCGCUUUUGCUGGUCUGGCCGGAAGAUAGAGUGUUAGAAGUGUAUGCAUUCACAAAGCCCAGAACAAGGUAGGUCCAGGGCACCUUAGAGACCUCCUCAACCUUUCUAGCCCAGCUCGAUCAUUGAGAUAAUCUGCAGGAGCUUAGUUGGUCAUUUCCCUCAUUUGACAACAUCAAGAAACCCAAGUUUUUAGUGUCAUUGGCCCAGCCCUGUGGAACACUCUGCCAACAGAGAUUCAGCCAAGCACCUUCUGGGCCAGCUUUUAAACUCCUGCUGAAAACUUUUGUUUCGCCAGGCUUAUGCAAGCAAUUAAGAAGACAUCUCUGCCCAACAGUUAGCUGAUUUUUGAUUUUGUGUAUAAUUGUUGUAAACCAUUCUUUUGUGCUUUUUAUGAACAUCUGUAUAUAUUUAUAAAAAUAUAUGAAAUAG